ACAAUUGAACUGACGUGCGGAGACCCCUCAGGUUAGACAUAAAAAACUAAAAUAGCAAACCAUGUAAACAAUGUUCAAUCAUGUCAGAAAAUCAGUAAAUUUUCUUGAAAACCUCCCACCGAAAAUAAAAAGUUGUAUAAGCCAUAAAAAUUUGUAGUACUGCUUGGUUAUUCCCAAUGAACGACAAACUAUUCUUACGUAUUUUCCCCCAAAACGAGUUGCCUUUCCAGCUAAUCGUCGUAUGGGGCAGGAUAUACGCUAUAACAUCAAGAAAGGAAAUUUGGAUCGUUAGCUGCCAAAUCUUAUAUAUUUUCGUUGACAUUCUUUUAACAAUCCUUUUAGCAAGUGUGUCCACAGCUCUCUCCAUCCUUAUAAGUUUGUCUCGUUUGAGGGUCAUUAAACAACUGCUGCAGGACAAUGAUGAACAAAGCGACUUUCAAAAAGUUGAAGAGUAUCGACCUCUAUCCAGAAUACUGCGCGAAGUUUUCAUGACCAAGAUCAGUAACAGUUUUGGACAAAAGCGAAUAUUGCCAAGCUUUUGGCAAUAAAGUAUUAUACGAAAUGGAAAUGUCUAACGAAGAAUAUUCCGAAAACAAGUUCUUUUUGGUAAAAAUAUUUCUAUUUUUUUCUAAUCUUUCGUUUUGAACAUGUAAAACCCUAAAUCCGAGGGCAGGAUGCAAUAAAUGUAAAUUGAUACACUGUGAAAGGA